CUGCAUGACAAGACUUUUUAAUAAGUUGCAGAUUACGGAGAAUGUUGUAUUUGAUCGGCCUGGGCCUGGGGGAUGCCCGGGACAUCACAGUGAAAGGUUUGGAAAUUGUGAGGAGCUGCAGCCGGGUCUACCUGGAGGCCUACACCUCCCUCCUGACUGUCGGCAAGGAAGUGCUGGAGGAAUUUUAUGGCCGUGAACUCCUCAUUGCAGAAAGAGAGAUGGUCGAACAAGAAGCUGAUGAAAUUUUGAAAGAUGCUGCUGAUAAUGAUGUUGCCUUUCUUGUGGUAGGAGAUCCCUUUGGGGCGACAACACAUAGUGAUCUAGUUCUGCGGGCUGUAAAGGCAGGAAUUCAGUACCACGUUGUACACAAUGCUUCCAUAUUAAAUGCAGUUGGAUGUUGUGGUCUACAGUUGUACAAUUUUGGAGAAACUGUAUCUAUCGUAUUCUGGACAGAAAGCUGGAAGCCUGAAAGUUUCUAUGAUAAGAUCAAAAGGAAUCGGCAGACAGGAGUUCACACAUUAUGCUUACUUGACAUCAAAGUGAAGGAACAGUCUCUGGAAAAUCUAAUGAGGGGGAGAAAGAUCUUUGAGCCUCCCAGGUUUAUGUCUGUGAGUCAAGCUGCGGAGCAGCUGCUUGAGAUAAUUGAAAACCGAAGAGAUAAAGGAGAGGAGCUGGCUCUGACUGAAGAGACCUUGUGUGUUGGCCUGGCCAGAGUGGGUUCCAAAAAUCAGAAAAUUGCCGUUGCAACUGUACAGCAAAUGGUGAAGAUGGAUCUGGGUGACCCUUUGCAUUCUCUGAUCAUCACAGGCCAUAUGCAUCCUAUGGAAAUUGAGAUGCUUAAACUAUUUGCUGUGGACAAAUCAAGUUUUAAUAAGCUUAUAACACUUGAUGGAUCAACAUACUACUCAUAACAACAAAAAAGUGUAAUUUUAAGUCUUAAUUCAAGUAUAGUACUUCACUGGAAGUGGAAAAAAAGUUGCAGUGUCUGAUAUAAAAAGUGAUGAAGAGCA